CACUAAACUAUCCCCAAUAUUGCGACCACGCUUACAGACCACAAGAUACGGUAUUAUUGUUUACUCUGAUUGGUCGAGGACCUACAAUACCGCCUCUGUCGUACCCUGAUUGGCUUGAUGAAUGCACAGGAAUGCUGCAAUUGGUCUCAACUCCUCUACGGUUUUCCCACUGUUUUGUGGCAUUUGCUAAGGAGCUCCGUUGAACUAAAGAAGCUGACGUUAGCUAGAAAACAACACACUAGACUAGGAUAAAGACUUGGAGCCAAAAUGGCAUCAGACUCCCCGCGCAGACCAAGCCGCUGUGCUGGAGGGGUUGUGGUACGAGCACAAGCUGCCACUGAGCAGUCGUAUAUGGAGAGUGUUGUGACCUUCCUCCAAGAUGUGGUCCCUCAGGCAUACACAGGUGCACCCCCAACUGAUGAAAAAGAGAAAAUAGUUUGGGUCAGAUUUGAGAAAGCUGACCUCAAUGAUACGUCCCGCUCCCCAGAGUUCCUGGAGAUGCACAGUGGCAGCAGUGACCCUCCUCUCUGCCUCAUGAUUGGUUACGCCGACGGGAUGCAAAUCUGGAGCAUAUCCCUGGGUGGGGAGGCCCAGGAGCUUUUCUCUGUGCGCCACGGACCUGUGAGAGCUGCCCACAUCCUGCCGGCGCCCCAUAUCAGUCCGCUGAUGAUUGAUGGUUUUGCGGACAAGAGGCCUCUCCUGGGGGUGUGCAAGAGCACUGGGUCGUUGGGGACGAGCCCUCCAUACUGCUGUGUGGACCUGUACUCACUGAGGACAGGAGAGAUGGUCAAGUCCAUCCAGUUCAAGACGCCCAUCUAUGACCUGCACUGCAACAAGGAGAUUCUAGUUGUCGCCCUGCAGGAGAAGAUUGCUGCAUUCGACAGCUGUACCUUCACCAAAAAGUUCUUUGUUACAAGCUGCUUUCCCUGUCCGGGCCCCAACCUAAACCCCAUAGCACUGGGAGGACGCUGGCUAGCCUACGCUGAGAACAAGUUGAUCCGGUGUCACCAGUCUCGAGGCGGUGCCUGCGGGGACAAUGCCCAGUCUUACACAGCUACAGUCAUCAGCGCUGCUAAAACCCUAAAGACUGGUCUCACCAUGGUGGGGAAGGUGGUGACCCAGCUAGCUGGUACUCUACCCACUGGCGCCCUCGACGAGGAGGGUGUUACCCCCCCCAGCACCACCCGUCGAAGCCCCCAUGCCCCCGGAGUAAUCACCGUCAUUGACACGCACAACGUCGGAGAGGGACAGGUCCUGGUGAGUGAGGACUCAGAUGGAGAGGGAGUUGUGGCCCACUUCCCAGCCCAUGACAAACCCAUAUCCUGCAUGGCAUUCAACCCCAGCGGUAUGCUGCUGGUGACUGCAGACACCCUGGGCCAUGACUUCCAUGUCUUCCAUGUCCUCACACACCCCUGGGCCUCCAAUCAGUCUGCUGUCCACCACCUCUACACACUGCACCGCGGAGAGACUGAGGCCAAGGUCCAGGACAUCUGUUUCAGCCAGGACAGUCGCUGGGUGGUGAUCAGCACACUGCGUGGCACCUCCCACGUCUUUCCCAUCAACCCCUAUGGUGGCGCGCCCUGCGCCCGAACACACGUGUCCCCCCGCGUGGUCAACCGCAUGUCUCGCUUCCAGAAGAGUGCAGGGCUUGAGGAGAUAGAGAAUGAACUGAACAGCAAGCAGGCUGGAGGAGGAAGAUGCAGCCCCAUCCCCGGGCUCUCCAGCAGCCCCUCGGGGUCCCCACUACACGCUAAACUCACCAGCCAGGAGUCGUACAGCAACUUCACCAGCAACAACAUGGGUAACCCUCGUCUGUCCCCUCUGCCCAGCCUCACCAUAGUGCUGCCCCUGGCACAGAUCAAACAGCCCAUGACCCUGGGCACCAUGACCAAGCGCUCCGGACCUUACCUCUUUGGGGCAGGAUGUUUUGCCAUUAAAACUCCAUGCAAAGCCAAGCCUCCCCCCCAGAUCUCCCCCAGUAAGUCCAGCGGAGGAGAGUUCUGUGUGGCUGCUGUCUUUGCUGCCUCACGCUCCUGGUACAUGACCAACCCCAACAUGAAGAGAGAGAAAGACCAGUCCAGCCGGUCAGUGGUGGAGUCCCUCUACAUCCUCAGUUGCUAUGGCACCCUAGUGGAGCAUGUCCUGGAGCCUCGGCCAAUCAGCACAGCCCAGAAGAUCAGCGAUGACACACCCCUGGAGCUCAACACAUGUCCACGGGCCUGCUGGAGCCUGGCCAGGACUCCACUGUGGAAUGAGCUGCAGCCUCCCUUUCUCUCCAACCACCCUCUGGUGCUGGCCUCUGACCUGGUGCAAUAUUACCAAUACCUCCUGGCUGGAUUGGUGCCCCCUGGAAGCCCGGGUCCUGUCACGCGCCACGAGUCUUACGACAGCCUGACAUCAGACCACAGCGGACAGGAGGACGAGGAGUGGCUCUCACAGGUGGAGAUAGUCACCCACACAGGGCCUCACCGUCGGCUGUGGAUGGGUCCUCAGUUCCAGUUUAAGACCAUCCACCCAUCUGGUCAGACUACGGUCAUCUCCUCCUCCUCCUCUGUGCUGCAGUCCCAGGGCCCCAGCGACAUUCAACAGCCUCUGUUGGACUUCCACACUGAUGACCUGGACCUACACAGUCUCAGGAUCCAGCCGGUGCGUUCUGAGCCGGUCAGCAUGCCUGGUUCCUCUCGGCUGGUGGCUGAACGGAGGGGACAGGGGAUGGUCAUUGAUACAGGAUCAGGGACGUUUGACCGCAGUGUGACCCUGCUGGAGGUGUGUGGCAGCUGGCCAGAGAGCUUUGGCCUGCGUCACAUGAGCUCUGUGGAGUCCACCGAGGAGGGGCUGAGAGAGAGGCUGGCAGACGCCAUGUCAGAGUCACCAUCCAGAGACAUAGUGGGCUCGGCUACCGAGCUCCAGAGGGAGGGCAGCAUUGAGACUCUCAGCAACAGCUCUGGUUCCACCAGCGGCUCCAUCCCCCGUAACUUUGAGGGCUACCGCUCUCCACUGCCCACCAACGAGAGCCAGCCCCUCAGCCUCUUCCCCUCCGGAUUCCCCUAGAGGAGACCAGGAAACAGUCUGCCUACCACCCUACAAGACCUGGGGUCAAAUACCAUUUUAAAUACCAUUCUUUCAAAUGCUUUGAGUGUUUGCUUUAGUCUGCCUGGGGUGCCUGAUGGGAGGGGACUACAUUUUACAACUAUUCUAUUGGUUCUAGACAAGCUCAAUAAAGCCCAGAUAAAGUGUUUGAACCCAGGUCUGCUACCUACCAUCCAUCCUACCGCUUCACACAGCACAGCCAGACAGUCCUGAUGUCUUCCGGUCUCUCGCCAUGUUGUUGUUCAUUAGGAUGUUAUUGUGAGCAGUGGUUCCCUUUUCAUGUUCCCUCCUCUCUCUUUCCAAAUCCAGGAACUGUCCAGUGUUACUCCCACCUACCGAUGUGUGUGUCUGUCUGUCUGUCUGUCGAUGUGUCACAUGGCGCGUGUUUCAUUUUGGGUGUGUGAAAUAGCUGAAGUUUGUUAUUUAGCUAGACAUGUUUUUAUGGAGUUGAUUAACUACGUGUCACUUUGACUUUUUCACAAGCUUGUAAAUGGUGAUGGACCUAAUGUAGCUGUAGCUGUUUUACUUCUGAAGAUAACGACCUAGCACAGCAUGCGCGCUGUAAUGUAUAUUAGCUUUGCUUAUUAAGACCAAAUCACUUCCAUGUAUGCUUUUCUCUUCAUUUGGUAACAUUGAUGGUUUUGGUGGGUAUCUUUUUAGUUUGUUGAGUCGAGUGUCUUCUGAUGAUUUCAUCUCGCUUUGAUUAUGAUUUUCUUUUUCUUUUUUUGCAACAAAAAAACAGGUUUGUGCUUUAACAAAAGAAAAGGCUUAUUCCUUACUUGCGUACACACACACACACACACACACACACACACACACACACACACACACACCUCAAACACAAACACACGCUUGUAUGCUGAAUAACUACUUUGCCAGCUUGCUUUUCUUAGUGAAUGGGUCAUUGCUAGACUUGACCAGACCACAUAGGACUUGAAAUGAAGUGUGAUCUGAUGCACUAGUGAGAACAGAAAGAUAGACUCACCUUUGAGACUUAAAACAGGUUCUAAAUAUUUGGUCACUGAUUUUGUAUUUAGUGUUUGUCAACAUUUUAAUUUUAUAACACAAUCCUAGUCCUUUGUCUGGGGAAUGGAUGUCUGGUUGACUAAACGGGUCUGUUCAGAAAAAUGCUACGUUACAGGACUUUCAGGUAGAAAUACAUUUUAUAGAACAUGUGACUCCUGUCUGUCCUGUAGGAAAAGGGAGUCAUUACAGAUCUAUAUAUUACAUAUUUAUCUGCAAUGUUCGGGAAUGUUUCACCCUACUGAACACAGCCAUAUUCCCGUAAUUCUGCAUGUUGAAUGAGUCGAUGGCUACUGCUGCUUGGUCACUGGACAAUGUAACAUAAAAGAGGCAUGAUGAAUUUAUUCAUUUUAAUGCAGAACAUAUGUUUAUUAAUACAUUUUUACUAAUAUUGGUUUUGUAAAAUACCAAAUCGUUAUUUGCUAUACAUUCAUGUUAAUGAAAUGUAUUGAUGUGUUAUUAUUACCCCUGGAUACUCAAUGAUUUCAUAUAUGCUCAAUAAAUAUUACACCUGCA